UCUCAUACUUACUGAAAGUAUAGUAGUUAGUAGGAUAGUAUCAGCCCGUCGGGAAACUGUGACAUUGUGUAAGAUAAGGAGCUGGCUCUUCAAAUGUCAGCUGAUUGUUCAUACCUAUACUACCUAAUAGCCUAAUCGUCGUCGGCAGCACUGUACGUGCAGUUAUAUAGCAGUUGAUUGACAAUAACGGAGUUCAAAGAAAUGGCUAGUAGAAGCAGAGGAGAAAUGAAAACAAGCAGUUAAAGCAACAAUUAGAGGAUCAGUUAGACCGUCUUGUGCAACAGUUGGCAGAUUUAGAAGAAUGCAAGGGUGAAUUGGACCCAGAGGAGUAUGACGAAGUUCAAAAAGAAACUAUUGAACAGCUGAAGGAAUUUCAAGCAUCAUUAUCUCGAAUGAGUGCUGGUGACAUGACACUUGUAAAUAACUUAAACGCGAUGCAGUUGGCUAUUAGAGCAGCCAUUUCAGAAGCAUUUAAAACUCCUGAAGUUAUACAGAUGUUUGCCAAGAAACAGCCUGAUCAGCUGAGGGAGAAGCUUGGUCAAAUUGAACGUGACUACAAAAUUGGGAAAGAGUCCAAUGAAUCAUAUACUCAGCAAAAGGUUCAAGACACAAAGUUCUGGAAAUGGCACGGCAGGGAUUACAGUAGGUUUUAUCAAAGGGAAUGGAUGAUGAUUAAUUCUUCUGUUUACUUUUGAAAGUUUUAUUUGAAGUUCCUUGUUUAGCUAGAAAAUUCUUUGUUUCUAAUUAGUGAUAUUCACCAUCUGUCCCAAUUUAGUCAUGGCUAAUGCAUUCUCACCAAAUACAUAAUGUAUGUAAUGAUUGUUAUGUUAUGAAGAUUCCAAGGUCAGACUGAUAUAUUGCAGUGUUGAGUUACAUAUAUAGUUAUAUUAUUGACAGCAUACUGUAUUGUAUUAUACAGCCUUCUCAUUGUUGAGCCUCCAGAGCUAAUAUUCAGUCCUUUAUUCAAGAAAAUACACUGUACUCCAAGUACUGUAUAUUGUUUAAAAAUUGGUAAGUGUCCAAUAUAUAUUAGUAGAGUAGUUGCUUAAUUUUCAAGGAUUUAAAGAAGGUUCUUUUUCUGAAAAGUAUUCAGAAACCUAAAUUAGUAGAGGUUACACAAUCUUUGAUUGUUUUAACCAAUUUCCAGCUGGGGUGAGGAGAUUUAUCCUGUUGUUAAGAACUCAGGUUUGUUAUCUAUGAAAAAUGCAAAUUGAUAAAAAAAUUUCAUUUUUUUUAAAUAUGGUAAACAGGAUUGUUUUCUUAUUUCAGUGGUGCCUCAGUCAUUCUUUGGUCAUCCUGUACUCUUACUUUUGAUCCUCAGUUGGAGGUUCUGAUUUUUUAGGGUGGUACUGUUAUGCUGCACUCAACAGGAAGUACUAGAGGUUCCUAGUUGCAUUGCUCUGUCAUUUCUUACAGAAUCUUCCCUUUUAACGGUCCAGUCAUUUUGUAUUGCAACAAUUUUGAGUCUUCACUUAAAAAUUAUAAUUUAAGGGCCAGUCGGGAAUUGUGAUUAGUUGCAAUGGGUAAAGUGAUUUACAAUAAAGUAAUAGAAAUUAGAUAGUUUAACCAGAUGACCAAGUUAAAAUACUUUUCUUCAUAGGACUGAAAGUGUGUGAAUAGGUAUUGCUGUACCUCACUUUGAUACUGUCAUGUGAACUGGAAAACUGGAUAUUUUUUAUAGAAUUGGUUGAAAUAUAUUAUCCAGUUAAUAAACAAUCAUAGAUGUUAUGCAUUGUUUAUUUUGAAAAUUUAUUCAGUUGUUGCAAAACUGAAGAGUGUAGUAAUUUUUACAUGUCUUAAUUUUUCAUAGUUUAACUCAGCCAGAACUCUAACAGUUCUAAGUAAUGGGUGCUUAUGAUUGAAACAUACCUACAUCAACAGUAUAGGAUUUUGGCAAGUUAUGAUGAAGCAAAAUUUAACUUUUAGAGCUAUUUAUUUAUACAAGAAAUUCCCUAUAAUUUGUUGAAGCCAUUUAUUGUUUUGAAUGCUACACAGGCAGAUUUUGAAGUUUCUUUUAUGGCUGUCAGGUAAAAUGACUUCAGUUUUGUCAGAACCUUUAUGUAACUUCUUAUAAGAAGUAGAAUGUGAAUACUUGUAAUUAGAAAGUAUUGGAAUCUUGUAGCAAAUGUCUAUGACUGAAAUCAAAACUCCAUAGUUCAUGUUGCCUUCCUGGUGGGUCCAGUACUAUCCUAAGUAUAAUAAAUAUGCUCUUUAGUUGGUAGUUGAAAAAUAUAUGGUUAAGUACAUAUUGUUAAUAUCCUACAAGAUGCCUUAGACAUUUCAUCCUAAGCUCUGCAAAUUGGUAGAUAAUGUUGGUUGACUGAAAAUCAUAACUCAUUAAAAAAAAUAGUGUAAUAAAAUUUCCUUAGUCGGACACAGGGAACUUGUUGAAGUGUCAGAACAUAGAUAUUAAAGAGUGAUAUUUUGAGAAUUUUUACCAUUUCUCAUGUAUUUUCUUGAAAGAUUAUUUUUUAGUAAAUUUAAUGAAAGACUUUAUACUGUAUUUUCAUGUAAAUUUAAUGACAGACUUUAUAUACUGUACCAUCUACGUUCAUUUAUAUUUAGCAUAUUUUGUAGAUAUUGAUGGUUGUUGAGGAUUCAUCAACAUGGUUAAGUGUGGAGUAGAACAAGUGUUUAUAAGGAAGGAUUUAUGAUGCUGAUUUGGCAGAUCAUGAAAGUAAGCCACAAAAUAUGAAUAAAAUUAAGUAGACGUCUAGUAAUAAAUUUUUUGGUGUCGGGUAGAAUUCACUGUACAAAGUGUAAAGUUCUUUUACCAAAUCUUUGCUAAAAUACUCGCUUCAGGACUUCCUUUGACAGUUCUGUCACCAGUUAAUGGAAACUGAAUUUCAUUUACUCAAGUGCAGCUACUUUUUCCAUUAGUAUCCAUGAUUUUUGUAAAUACCAUAUUAUGAGUUAUGAAUAUUGCUGUAUUCAAGCAUACACAGUGCAAUACCAACACUAUUUUGAAAGCCAUUUUCUAACAUAAUGGUAGGAUUAUUAAUUUUCAUAAGUUGGCCAACAAAUGAGCUAAAAAGAAAAGAAGCAAAUUGUUUGUUUAAAGCAUUUGUAACCAUUAAGCAACAGAACAGUCAACAUUUGAAUAAUAUCCGUUGUAAAAGUUUUGAAGGAAAUCUAAUCAGGUGAGGAACUGUAGUGUCAAAACAAACCUUAACAUUUUUUUCUCUCCUUUAUUUACAUUCUUAUGCUAACAACAUUUCAGACAACUGUCCAUCUUCAGGUUUUGUAAAAGAUUAAAAAAACAAACACAUUUAUACCCAAAAAAACAAAGUGGACAUAAAAUAAUACAAUAAAUACACAGAUAAUGAUAAAAAUUUAUCUAAAUUAGAAUAAUUUUCUGCUGAAGGCAUAGUUACUAUCUAUAUUCAAGUUAGGUUUUAAUUUUUUUUAUAAAAGGUUUCUAAUAGUCUUAGCUCAGUUUCAAACCGAGCUUUACAUCAAAUACUGAAAUAUAAAAAAUUCAAAUGAAUGUGCAUAAGCCAUGGCAAUACUCUCAUACUUAGAUAAGAGGGUCUUUGAACUUAUGUCUCUGUGAUUAAAAGGUUGGUUUUGACACUACAGUUCCUCACCCAAUUAAGAUUUCUUUCAUCUGAGCAUUUCACCACUACAAUCAAUUGUAAAAGUUUUGAUUCAUGGAUAUAAACUUUUGUGAUUUAAUAAGAUAUAUCUGUAACUUCCAAAAAGCUAGCUCAUUGUUACUCUCAAGUUAUGACAUUUUCUGUUGUGUAUACUUUGAUAAUAGUGCUCUCUAUAAGUAUAUAUUAACUGUAUAUAACAGGAUUCCAUUUGAUUAAUAUUUAUAACAAAAAGUGUUAUAUUUAACAAAAACUUCAAGUUUACACUAAACAAACAACAACAAUAAUUAUUACAUAUGGAUACCAUUAUUUAUAAAUAUUUUACUUAUUUGCUUAAGCAUGUAUUUCACAGAGAGAUGAAAGUUGCAUUGAUAUUUAUAACUGUUGGUCAACAAGAACAUUAUGUACUGUCUUUCAAGAUCAAAGUAUUAAAGUUGGAGAUUUGGUCUUUAAAUUUUGACAAUCAUUGGUUUCCAAAACUUUAAAGAUUUGUACUCUACAAAUAAAAGUAGUGGAAUUCAGUUAUAUAAACUUUAUACUAUAUUUGCAAAGAAUAUACCAAAUGUUCUCAACAGGGUGCUGAUAAGUGAAAACUGCCAUUAACCGAAACUUGGUGACUUAUGGCACUUAUGGCACCCACACCUGGUUAAUGGCGCCAAUAUCCGGUUAAUGGCACCUCCUUCAAGGAUGUUAGGGCGCCAUAACUCUUAUCAGCACCUUAUGGCGGCGAUAACCAAAACUUGGUCCGUUAUGGCACCAUAAAUCGCCAAUUUUAUGGCACUAGACAAGCCCCAUCAAACCAGAUUGCCAUCAACUGGGUCUGCCUGUAUUGUGAAGUUAUGGUCAUUCCAUAAACUAAAUUUUAGAGUUAUAUAUAUUUCAAUACAUCAUUUUAUAUGUGACAGUCAUUUUCUCCUAAUAAAAACAAUAGUAAUUU